CUAUUCACACAAAGAGCACAAGACACAACGGAAUCAAAUCACAUAAUAUUAUAAUUCUCAAAUUAUAAGCACAAAUGUCAAGUAAUAAUCAAUGACAUUUAAAUUGAAUUCAUAUACUAAAAUCAUAUGCUCACAAAUACGAUGUCACAAGCGUAAUGCAUAAAAUCGAAAAUCACACAAUGCUAUGGAAUCCACUGAGGUGUGCUAGCAACACUGUACCGGAGCUAAUCACGGUACUAACCCUACUGCGCAGAGGUCCACUGAAUACCCCAAGCUUUAAGCUUAGGUCCACUUAUUCCAUAGCUACAAACACAUACACAUGUCAAACAAAUUCAUAAUAUGUCCAAAAUAAUAUUAGGACUCCCUAUUGGAAGAGAUCAAAGCAUAAUCGUGAACAGUAAUCGUGAACAGUAAUCGUGAACAGUAAUCAUAAACAGUAAUCGUGAACAGUAAUUCGCAAAUAAUACAAUUUACUUAUAAUU